GUUUCCUACUCUCUGGUAAGGAUUAGAAUAUUCUUCUGAAGAUGGCUAAACAUUCAAUAACCUUACAAGAAAAUGACAACAGGGAUGCCAUUUACACAGAUACUCACAGGAAAAGAUGAUAAGAGAAAGGAAGAUGCCAUCAAGUCUUUUAGAGUUUCGUCCAAUCAAUGGAAGGCUUUGCGGUACUUCUUCUUUGGUCCUUUAUGUUGUCUAAUUUAUCUAUAUCCAUUGCAGAGGGCACGUUGAAUACAACUCAGUUAAUUAGAGAUGGAGAAACUAUAGUUUCAGUAGGUGGAAAAUUUGAGCUAGGUUUCUUUAGCCCAGGUUCCAGCACCAAUCGAUACUUGGGAAUAUGGUAUAGGAAUAUACCAGUCCAGACUGUUGUAUGGGUGGCCAAUAGAGAAGUGCCCCUCAAGGAUUUGUCAGGUGUUCUAAAACUUACCAACCAGGGGAUUCUAUUCCUUCUAAAUUUUGAUAGGAGCACUGUUUGGUCUUCCAACUCAUCCAGACCUGCUCGUAGUCCAGUUGCACAGCUCUUAAAUUCAGGAAACCUCAUUGUCAAAGAGAAGAAUGAAAAUAAUCCUGAAAGCUUCUUGUGGCAGAGCUUUGAUUAUCCAUGUGAUACAUUUCUACAAGGAAUGAAGCUCGGAAGGAACUUAAUCACAGGCCUGGACCGUUACCUGUCAUCCUGGAAGAGUCCGAACGAUCCUUCUCAUGGUAAUUUUACUUAUAGGUAUGAGGUUGGUGGGUUUCCAGAGUUUGUACUGAGAGAGGGCUCAGUUGUGCGAUUCCGUCCUGGUCCCUGGAAUGGUUUGCGGUUUAGUGGCACCCCUGAACUAAAACCAAAUUCUUUAUUUACAUUUGGAGUUGUGUUCAAUCAGAAGGAGGUAUAUUACAGCUACAAGCUUCGUAAUGACUCAAUUCUUUCAAGGUUGGUGUUAACUCAGGAUGGAUUUUGGCAGCGCAAAAAUUGGAUUGAGAGAACACAAGCUUGGGAAGUUUACGUUACAGUACAAAUGGAUAUCUGUGACAAUUACGCACUGUGUGGUGCUUAUGGUAGCUGCAACAAAAGUAACUCCCCCGAAUGCAGUUGCUUGAAAGGAUUUGAGCCAAAACUUCCAGAAAAGUGGGACACUAAAAUUUGGUCAAAUGGGUGUGUUCGAAAGACUCCAUUAAACUGCUCUAGUGAUGAAUUUAUAAAGUACUCUGGGGUCAAGUUGCCAGAUUCGCGACAAUCCUGGUUUAACUACAGUAUGAAUCUUGAGGAGUGCAAGAACCUCUGUAAAGGGAACUGUUCGUGUACAGCUUAUGCAAAUUUGGAUAUAAGGAGAGGAGGAAGUGGAUGCUUGCUUUGGUUUGUUGACCUGGUUGACAUUAGAGAGUUCACGGAAAAUGGACAAGAAAUUUACGUAAGAGUGGCCGCAUCAGAACUAGACCAAACUGAGAGUAUCAAGUCAAAUGAGAAGGGAAAAUUGAGGAUUGCAGUCAUCUCUAUGGUGCCUACAGCAGUGCUGAUCCUUGGCCUAGCCCUGAUCUUGUAUCUUUGGAGGAAGGCACGCGCCAAGAAACCUGGAUUGUUGGCAUCUGUCCCUGAAAGCAGUUCUAAUGGUAAAACUCAUAAGGAAGACGUAGAGUUACCAUUAUUUGACUUAGCCACAAUUUCUUGUGCAACCAAUAACUUUUCAACAACAAAUAAACUGGGAGAAGGUGGCUUUGGACCUGUCUAUAAGGGGAUCAAGAAGGAUGGACAAGAAAUUGCUGUAAAGAGGCUAUCAAAAAGUUCUAGACAAGGACAUGAUGAAUUUAAAAACGAAGUCAUACACAUUGCAAAACUUCAGCACCGGAAUUUGGUGAAGAUUUUAGGGUGCUGCAUUCAAGGAGAUGAAAAGAUGCUGAUCUAUGAAUUUAUGCCUAACAAAAGCCUGGACUUCUUCAUUUUUGAUCAAUCUAAAAGCAUGUCACUUGAUUGGCAUAUGCGUUACCACAUUAUCAAUGGAAUUGCUCGGGGGCUCCUUUAUCUCCAUCAAGAUUCAAGACAAAGAAUAAUACAUCGAGAUCUGAAAGCUAGUAAUGUUUUAUUAGACAAUGAAAUGAAUCCAAAAAUUUCAGACUUUGGACUGGCUAGAAGUUUUGGAGAAAAGGAAACUGCAGCAAAUACGAAGAAAGUGGUGGGAACAUAUGGUUACAUGGCUCCUGAGUAUGCAAUUGAUGGGAUCUACUCCAUUAAAUCUGAUGUGUUUAGCUUUGGUGUAUUGGUGCUAGAGAUAGUGAGUGGGAAGAGAAACAGAGGAUUCUGUCAUCCAGAUCACCAGCUUAAUCUUCUUGGACAUGCAUGGAGACUAUAUUCUGUAGGAGAUUCCUUGGAGUUGAUAGCACCACCAAUUAAGGAAACCUGCAAUUUUUCUGAAGUGUUAAGAUCGAUUGAUGUAGGCCUGUUAUGUGUGCAACAAAGUCCAAAAGACAGACCCAACAUGUCUAAUGUGGUUCGGAUGUUGGGUAGCCAAGACCCCUUGCCUCAGCCUAAACAACCAGGUUUUUUCACUGAAAGGGAUCUGGUUGAAUCUAGUUCUCCAUCAACCAAGCACAAACUGUUUUCAUCUAAUGAUUUCACAAUUACACAAUUAGAGGCAAGAUAAUAUCAUUUUGUGUGUCAUAGUGCAAAGUGAACUCUUAGAAUUGACUGUGUUGUUGAAGUAUAUUUACUGUCUCUGAGGUGUCUAAGUUUGUUCUGUUCAAGUUUUCAUGUUCAAACUUUUGCUUGUAUUCCUUUUUGACAGUUGCUUUAGCUGAUUAAGGUUUCUUAUUAUAGUUCCAAAAAAUUACUAUUAUAUAUUGAUGUUCUUGAAUACCUACGGAAAGUGUACAUUUCUAUUAUUGAAUCUUUCAAUAAGAUUUCUAAACUUUAUAGUUAUAUCCAUUUCAUCGUCUCCUA